AUGGAAUUUCAAGGAGUAAUAUUUAUUCUUUUUCUUUUUCUUCUAACUGGAGUUGAUUCCAAUGCCUUCCCAACGAAUGAUUUGAUAAGCAAAUUUCCAGGACAACCAGAUGUUAAUUUCAGGCAAUUUGCUAGAUAUAUUGAAGUGGAUGAAAAUGUUGAUGGUCGAAGUCUUUUUUACUAUUUUGUUGAAGCUGAGAAAGAUCCCUUGACUCAACCCCUCACAAUUUGGUUAACUGGAGGACCAGGGUGUUCUUCAGUUGGAGGUGCCUUUGGAAGUGUUGGUCCUUUCAUUGUUACGAAAGAUGCUCAUGGUCUCCAAACAAAUUCCUUUUCUUGGAACAAAGUGUCAAAUCUAUUGUUCAUCGACUCCCCUAUUGGAUCUGGAUGGUCAUAUUCAAACUCAAGUAGUGAUUAUAAUAACGGAGAUGAUAGCACUAGUAAGAUCAUAAUUGGAGAUCAAGAUGGUAUAAUACCGACAAAGGGAACCUUACAACAUUUGGAAAAGUUGGCUGAGGAGUUAAACAUCAAGUUAACAAAAGAGGAAACAUAG